AUGGCAGACACAGCGGUGGCAACUGAAGCACCGGCACCCGCCGCGGGAGCGAAGAAGGCUGCGAGACAAUCGGGUGGUGGCGGCGGCGCUGCUGCUAAGAAACCCAAAGCGAAACCCACUCAUCCCAAGACAUCCGAGAUGGUGAACAACGCAAUAAAGGAGAUGAAGGAACGUAGCGGAUCAUCGCUACAGGCCAUCAAAAAAUAUAUCGCCGCUCAUUACAAGGUCGACGCGGAGAAGUUGGCUCCGUUCAUAAGGAAAUAUUUGAAGAGCGCCGUAGAAUCGGGUGCUCUCAUUCAGACCAAGGGCAAGGGCGCUUCCGGAUCGUUCAAGCUCGAAUCGAAGUCCUCGUCGGCUAAGAAACCGAGCGUCAACGCCGGCGCUGGCAAGUCGGUCGCCGGCGGCAAGAAGGAAGCGUCGAAGGGUGGCGCCAAAAAGGCCACCGUCUCCGCAGCCGGUGCUAAGACCAAGAAGGCCGCCGCCGCCGCCGCGGCUGCCGCUUCCGCUUCGGCCGCAUCGGGAUCACCGUCUAAGUCGAAGGCAUCUUCAGCGCCGAAAGACAAGAAGACGGCCGCCGCCAAAAAGAAGCCCGCCGCCAAGAAGGCCGCCGCGCCGGCCAAAGCGAAGGGCGGCGCAGCCCCCAAGGCCAAGAAGACCGCGAAACCACCCACGAAGAAACCAAAGGCACCUAAACCUAAGAAGGCCGCAGCCACACCCAAGUCGAAGCCCGCCGCGAAGAAAACGGCCGCAGCAAAGAAGUAA